CGUCGUCGUAGGCGCUUAAUGAUGGCGUCAACGUUGUAGAGGGCCCUAGUGCCAAGAUUGAGCAAAGCAAGUCAAGCGUAGCCGGUGUAGAUCUCACUGACCCAUAAUGCAUCAGAAAUUCUUCGUCGUCGUUUUGGUCCCGGUUGUCGUAUUUAUCUGUCUGCCAGCUUCGAGAAACGUGCGCAUUACCUCAAACAUUGUAUCCUUGACCUUGAUGAUCACCGUGCAAGAUUUUCUUUUACCCAGAUUGCUGUUGAGAACGGAGUUACAUAUAACCCCGAGUGUAGAGCCAGGUAUGUGCCAGUGCCCUUCUCAAGGCGAUACAAACUUCAGCAACUCUUCAGACCAUCGUACAGCCGGCAGUCAAAGUUUACUUGACGGUAAAUUCGUUUGACGUCGACGCGAAACGUUGAAAAAAUUAUGAUGCUGGUGUAGAGACAAA